UCCUAGUGUUAUUGACGACGGCGACAAACUUCAAACCCAAAUGGCCCCAACAAACGUCAAGGCCAAGGCCGCCAAAAAGGCCGCCCUGCAGGGUGUGCACUCGCAUUCAUCGCGGAAGCAGCGGUACUCUGUGACCUUCCACCGCCCCAAGACCCUUCGCCUGCCCAGGAAUCCCAAGUACCCCCGCAAAUCCAUUCCCCAUGCACCAAGAAUGGACCAGUUCCGUACCAUCGUCUCGCCACUUAAUACGGAGUCAGCGAUGAAGAAGAUUGAGGAGCACAACACCCUCGUCUUUAUUGUUGACAUAAAGUCGAAUAAGCGUCAAAUCAAGGACGCCGUGAAGAAACUAUAUGACGUCCAGGCUGCUAAAAUCAACACUCUGAUUCGACCUGAUGGAAAGAAGAAGGCAUACGUGCGGCUCACGGCCGACCAUGACGCAUUGGACGUCGCAAACAAGAUUGGAUUCAUCUAAGUCUGGUUUUGACGUUGCAUUUUCUACUAUUUCGUUGUGUAUGCCUAUAGUCUCUCAUUCCACAAUGCAAGAUAUAUCAUAUGCGCCUAGGUUACUCCUAGUUGUGAUGUUUUUGUUGCAUAGUUACAAAAAAAACCCAACAAGAUUCCAGUACACUAAAGAUUGGAUGGGGAAAACUAAAAGUGGAGAUCAUUUCGUUGUUACAUACGUGUGAUCACGAUUGGGUCGAAACCUGCGCC